CCCACCCCCUCAGAGCGGGCCGGUCCGGUCCGGUCCGACCCGUCCUCGGGCGAUGCCGCUGUACGAGGGCCUGGGGAGCGGCGGCGAGAAGACGGCCGUCGUCAUCGACCUGGGAGAGGCCUUCACCAAAUGUGGAUUUGCUGGUGAAACAGGACCAAGAUGUAUAAUUCCUAGCGAAAUAAAGAAACCUGGCAUGUCUAAGCCUGUUAAAGUUGUUCAGUACAACAUUAAUACAGAAGAGCUGUAUUCCUACCUGAAGGAAUUCAUCCACAUGUUAUACUUCAGGCACCUGUUGGUGAACCCGAGAGACCGGCGAGUGGUGGUGAUCGAGUCGGUGCUGUGUCCCUCCCACUUCAGAGACACUCUCACCCGCGUCCUUUUCAAGUACUUUGAGGUACCCUCUGUGCUUUUUGCUCCGAGCCACCUGAUGGCUGUUCUGACGCUGGGGAUCAAUUCGGCCAUGGUCCUAGACUGUGGCUAUCGGGAGAGCAUGGUGUUGCCUGUGUAUGAAGGAGUACCAGUUCUGAAUUGCUGGGGAGCGCUUCCCCUUGGGGGGAAGGCCCUUCACAGGGAGCUGGAGUCCCAGCUUUUGGAGCAGUGCACCGUGGACACAAGUGUAGCCAAAGCGCAGAAUCUUCCGUCAGUGAUGGGUUCAGUUCCAGAAAGCAUUUUAGAGGACAUCAAAGUGCGCACCUGUUUUGUGAGCGACCUACAGCGAGGGCUGCAAAUCCAGGCAGCAAAAUUUAACAUCGAUGGCAGCGCCGAGCGGCCCCCGCCACCUCCAAAUGUAGACUACCCGCUUGACGGAGAGAAGAUUUUACAUGUCGUCGGCUCGAUCAGAGAUUCUGUGGUGGAAAUCUUGUUCGAACAAGACAACGAAGAGAAGUCCGUGGCCACUUUAAUUCUGGAUUCACUCAUUCAGUGUCCCAUAGAUACCAGGAAGCAGCUGGCCGAAAACGUGGUCGUCAUGGGCGGCACCGCCAUGCUGCCCGGGUUCCUGCACCGGCUGAUGGCCGAAAUCCGCUACCUGGCGGAAAAACCGAAAUACAAAGACGUGCUGGGCACCAAGACGUUCAGAAUUCACACGUCCCCCGCAAAGCCCAAUUGCGUGGCCUGGCUGGGCGGAGCUAUUUUCGGAGCUCUGCAGGACAUCCUGGGGAGCCGUUCAAUCGCCAAAGAGUAUUACAAUCAGACUGGCCGCAUCCCAGACUGGUGUUCGCUCAACAACCCGCCCCUGGAGAUUGUGUUUGAUGUGGGGAAAGCCCCCCCACCCCUGAUGAAGAGGGCAUUUUCCACAGAAAAGUAAAGAACCGAGACCUAGGCUGACCCUAGAACAGAGCCUGCUUCUUCCUAGCUGAUUUAAUCUUAAAACAGUUGUUACUCACCUGGAGGGGAAUUACCGGUGGUAAGAGCUGGGAUUCCGUGAUGCAGGAUUUCAGAGUGGGAGAAAGGAAUUCUCUCCCUAAAGGAUUUCCGCUUCUGACCUUGUCUGGCUUGGUUUUCUCGCGGGGGUAACUGUUCAAGUUGGCACUUGAACUUGGAAUAUUUAUCCAUUCGAAUUCAUCACCACAGCUUGAUCUGCAGAUUUGGGUGUCCUCGCUAGUUCCCGGAUCCAUCCCAGCCCUUGGAAGCGCUGCUCAAGUUUCCCCUUUUGUAGUGUAGUGAUUGCAUGAGUCCAGUGAUGUCGCGUAUUAAAAUGGGUCUCUUUAAAGCGA